UCAAGAUUUGGAUCAACUUAACUAGGUCAUCUCAUACAUUCAGUCAUAUACGAUAACAAUGGAGCAAGUAGAGAGUAGCGCGCAGGAGGAGCUCAGCCUCGAGCUCACUCUGGGCUUUGCUGUGUGCGUGACGACCGCCCCGCCCCUCCCCCGCUUCUUCUCAUGCGUCUACUGCGACCAAAAGUUCGGCACCGCGCAAGCGCACGGUGGCCACCAAAACGCGCAUAAGCAAGAGCGCGCCGUCGCCAAGCGCCUCCGGGAGACCACUGCUGCCACGGCGCACUCUUGGAAGGCAGGGAGGGCUGCCACCACUGCUCAGAUCUCCGGGGAGCCUGCAACAGGCUCCGUGGCGCACAUGCGCGGCAGGAGCUCGUCGGAGCGCGACCACGAGCUCGACUUGGCUCUCCGGCUGUAACCGGUCGGCUGAUCGAUCAAACUCUGCCAGUAUCCUUGGUCCGAAGCCUUUAUUUCCGGUGCUAGGUACGUUAUAGUUAGCUAUAACCAUUUGUUUCAAAGUUCCUGCUGUGUAUGCGUUGGAUUCAUAUCAGCGCUCUUAUAGUUAACUGGAUAUUUGUUUUUAAGGUCUAGACCAUCCUUGUCCUUGGAUUUGACACUAAAUUUCGCAAUUCGUCAGAUAAUAUGACCAUGGCGGGUAAUGACGUUGCCAGAAAAAUCUGGGUCUAUUCUCAGAAAUGAUUACUUUAGGGGCAUUUAGAAAAUAUUGUGAAAUAAAGACAUUGGUCAACACCGUGUCGAUAAGUAGUAGUCCCUCCUAUCCAUAUUAUUUGUUGCUCAAACGGAUAUAUCUAGCACUGAAAUAUGUCUAGAUAUAUCCGUGUGAGCGACUAGUAAUAUAUUGAUCAGAGGGAGUACUAGCUAGAGUUAUUUAUGAACAUCUAUCACUGAAACGGAUAUAUCUAGCACUGAAAAAUGAACAUCUAUCCCUUUAAGACACUAGAGUUAUUUAUGAACUUCUAUGUAUUUCAAGUGUCUAUUUAGGGUUAAAAUUUUCAACGAAAUUUCAUUGAAAUUUCGCAUACUUCAGUGGGGUCUGAAACAUUUUCGACUCCGAAAUUCCGAGCCAGAUUAAAACUAAUUUCAAAAGAAAAUUCAAUUAGGUUAAUAUUCAUUAAAACAAAGUAAAAUUUGAAAUCUCAAUGAGGUCCCAAAUUGUUUUGUUUUGAAAAUUAAAAACCUAUUCUAUUACAUAGUCUCCGAGAGUGAGUUGCAAUGCCAAGAUAUUUAAAAGAAAGGAGCUAACACCACAACCAAACUGUUGGGCAUACUUUCUCUUGUGCUAUUUAGCCUCCCCGUUGCAAUAAAGUGUUAUAAAAAUUCAUCUUAAAUUGAUAACCGUGUUGCUUUCUUUCUUGAAUGAAAGCCCCCCCUCCCCCGUCCACUUUUAUUUUAUAGAGUGAAGCAAGAUGGUUCACAGCAUACGACCUGUCAGAAUUGAUCAGGCUAGAGAUUAACUAAAUGGCAGGCAACCAAACAGAUGUCCGACUAAAGAACGU